GGGGCAAUUAGACGUAUUACGUUCGGCUAUGGUGGUCGGACAAUCAGUAUUUACGACGGAAGCCACGGCGAGCGCGUUAUAAACGCGACAUUGGGAAGCCGCCACUGCCCGCCGAUCCUCAUUGCCCAUUGUUUCAAUGGUGCUGCCUUGGACACGCACAGACUAUCUAUUCAAUUUGGACUUGAUGUUCAUUCCCAUUUCAACUGUGGAUGUAACGAACGCCACGGAGCCGCGGAAACUAAUUUUCGGUGUACAAUAAACGCGACGUCCAUCUUAAUUGAAGACGUUUAUUUGUCGUGUUAACGAAAUAUCUUUAAUAGAAGUUCGUGCGAAGGUAUCGUGCUGCCCUCUGAUAAUUACUUUGAUACUGAUCUACGCUGUUUAUCGAGGAGCUCUAAUGAUUGUCUUUUGCAAGAACAGUGCGAAAUCGGAGAAUUAAUGAUAGAAUGCCAAUUUAUUGAUCAAGAAAAGUGCGUAUCUGUCAAAUAUGAGUCCGGUUUACACAAUACAUCAGAUUCGUCUCAACAGCGUGGUCCCGGCUGUGACGGAAUCGAACGCCAACAACAACUGGAUCCAGCGGCAAUUCUCGCGUCUGACGAAGAACUGGCGGUUCCGUAUCAAAAAUGAAGGUCGCGCCAAGCCCCCCGAUUGGUUCCUGGACAAAUUCGCUGCACAAACGUUCACCGACCCCGAAGAACCGCUCUACCAGGCACAACGUUCCAAGCUACUCUGCGGGAUGAAAUUAGCCUUCGACCCAACCUUACCAACUCAUUAUAACUGGUUGGCGGUUGUUUCCCUGGCUAUCCUGUACAACGUGGUGUUUGUGAUCGGACGAGCGGUGUUCUGGGAACUAGACAACUUGACCUCUGUCUGGUUCGUCCUGGAUUAUCUAUGCGACUUCGUUUAUCUCGUCGACACCGUUAUACAUAUACACGAAGGCUAUCUCGAACAAGGACUGAUGGUUAAAGAUGCGAAGAUGCUCAGACACCACUAUCUAAAGUCGAGCUCUUGGAAAUAUGACCUGCUUUCAUUGAUACCGACCGAUAUAGCGUACUAUUGGUGGCCUCCGGGAUCGUGCGAUCAUAUGCAUUUGCCGUGCCCGGUUAUCGUGCGGUUAAAUCGACUUCUCCGCCUGCCUCGCAUGUGGGAAUGGUUUGAUAGAACAGAGACAGCCACAAGUUAUCCGAACGCUUUCAGAAUUUGCAAGGUUGUGAUGGCGAUACUAGUUCUUAUCCACUGGAACGCUUGCCUAUACUUUGCUAUCAGCUAUGCUAUCGGUUUCGGUACCGACAAUUGGGUAUACAAUUUGACAGGCUCUCGCAACGGUUCUUUGACGCAUCAAUAUAUCUAUAGUUUUUAUUGGUCAACUUUGACUCUGACGACCAUCGGUGAAACACCACAACCGGAAAAGGACGCCGAGUAUUUGUUUGUCGUGGCUGACUUUUUGGCGGGAGUUCUGAUCUUCGCCACAAUCGUAGGGAACAUUGGCUCGAUGAUUUCAAACAUGAACGUUGCCAGAGUUGAAUUCCAGAAUAAAAUGGACGGCGUGAAACAGUAUAUGGCCUUUAGAAAAGUAAGCGGUGAACUUGAAGCCAGAGUCAUACGUUGGUUCGCUUACACUUGGGCACAGAGCGGUGCAUUAGAUGAAGAAAACGUAUUGUCAUCUCUCCCUGAUAAAUUAAAAGCUGAAAUCGCUAUAAGGGUACAUUUGGACACAUUACGAGAAGUUCGCAUAUUUCAAGAUUGUGAACCUGGUUUAUUGGAGGCAUUGGUCCUAAAGCUAAAGCUGCAAGUGUUCAGCCCAGGAGAUUACAUUUGCAGAAAAGGAGAUGUUGGCAAGGAAAUGUAUAUUGUGAAGAGAGGACGACUGCAAGUCGUUGCUGAUGAUGGAAAGACUGUAUUAGCUACUUUGAGUGCAGGCUCUGUAUUUGGAGAAGUGAGUGUCCUGGAAAUCGCCGGUAACAGAACCGGUAAUCGACGAACUGCUAAUGUACGAGCUUUGGGAUACUCUGACCUAUUUUGUCUCGCUAAAAGGGAUCUCUGGGAGGCUCUAGGUGACUACCCUGAUGCAAGAAAUACACUCACUGAACGCGGCUGUCAAUUGCUUAGAAAGGAUGGACUACUUGAUGAAGCUUUGUUUGAAAGCGCACAAACUACCCAACAAAGCAUAGAAGAAACUGUUCACAAAUUGGAGACCACCGUAGAAAUGCUAAAUAAUCGUCUACAAGGCCUUUUGGCAGACGUAGGCGAGGAACAAGCUGAAAUGAAACAAAGGAUGAACAAUAUAGAAGUUAGGAUGCUGGAAGAUGAAGUCGAUGAACUGCCCUCGGAUGACGAUGUGACCUCAUCCGAUGCUUCAGAGUUGAAAAGUGAAAUUGCCAAAGAUCUAGCUUCAGGAUACAGCGAGGCUCCGAUGACGUCAGUCAACGAUAGCUCCCUUGUGGCGAGUCAGUCAAUGCCACUGAGAGAGAGGGGGCAUUCGUUUUGCGUUUUAAGAACCACUGCACUCCUCCACGCUCCCCCGGAACCAAGAAGCAAAUCACUUCGAAUUAAAAGAAUCCAGAAUGAGUCGUCCGAAUGAAUCAUCUAAAAUAGUUUUCUGUGUGGAAUAGCAACAGCGGGCUUCAAAUUUGGUUUCCGUGCCAACAGUUGGAUCAAACAAAAAAAUGUGUCAAAACUCAUCGAUUUAAAAGAUUGCAAUAAAUCAGAGUAUACUUGAAUAAAUAUAAUAUCGUUUUAAAUUAUUGUAGUUACAUGAAUGAGAUUCAAAGAGUGAUAAAACAGGAAGGCAGUGUUGAAAUUUUGCAGUGUUUUAGCAUUUACGCGACGUAUUGGGACAAAAAGACAACCGGUGUCAAUGGAAUGUGGCUUUAAGUAUAAACUUGUUGGAGGGAGAUCUUUGAGAAAUGAUGUAAUAAUAGUAUCAUAUGACGUCAUUGUUUUUUAUAAUGACAUAUUCAAAUUUGAUGUUUUACUUUUAAUAAAAAAAAUCUACAUUUAUUCAAUAAUAGUGAAAAGAAAAUAUUUACGUAGAAUUUUAUAGGAACAAUAUUGUUAUACCAGACUGUAAUCACAAUGAUGUGUGUAUUCUAGUAAAUAUGUCAGAUUAUUCUCUUAGCUCGAUGUUAAUAAAUUAGUAUGAAGAGGUUUCAACUUAAAUACGUAUAUAUGUAUUCGUCUUUCAUGUUCAUUUAUAAUUAUUUUAAUUAUGGAUAAGCAUAAAUUUAUGAACUCUUCCAGUGUUUUAUGUUCAUAUAGUUGAUGCUAUAUACCUUUCUCAAUAAACUGUACAAUAAUUAACCACAUCACCACGAAUGGAAUAUGAUGAAUUUGAAAAUCAAUCGGUUAUGUGAGACGGCCCUUAUCAUAACCUUUCAUUAACCUUAUCAAAUACCUCUCGAAUGAUAUCGGGAUAUUAGCCUAGAUUCGUGAAUUUAUUAUUGAUCGUGAAAGAAACAUAUUAUAAUAUGUGCUAUUUUAAUAAUACCUAUAUUGUAUCGCAACCAUAUCUAUCUAGCCAUUAAAAGUUUUUAAAUAUAGAAUUGAAUUAAUAUUCCAUCUUUUAUAGACGUUUUUGGAACAUGUGGUCCACGGUAUACAGUUUAAAAAUAUAAAAAGAUACAUUUAUUAGUAGUUAGUAUAAACUAGAUGCAGUCAUUUAGAGGUAUACGUAAACAUUCAAAAUUAAAUGAGGUAGAACAUUAUUUGAGUUUUAAAUUGAACUAUGACUGUCGAUAUUAAAAUUCUGUUUUUGUUGUUUAUAAUAUUAGUACAAGUAUAUUUAGAAAUAAAAGUGUUUUAUGUUUGUUCAA